GAUAUGUCGGGUGCAGUCUGCUACUCACCAAGCGAUAUGGUGUGAGGCACCAGUAUGAAAAAGAUGAACGACAACUCCAAAGAGUUCCUGAAGAGCCAAAGACAGCAUAUUGUGUUUACUAGCGUCAACGCUUGGCUGGAAAGGACAGUCCUAAUGAGUGACAGCUGUGUGCUGCCUUCACGCACCUGCUCAGAUUCCUGGAAAUCCUUUGAUUUCUUAUUGGCGGGCCAUAUCAUACAUUCUUAAAUACUAAUACCGACUCCUUUCAGAAUUACUGUGGCGAUCUUAUGCAGGGGUUUAUGUUUACUUUCAUUAUGAAUAGGCUAGUAAAAUGUACUUGCUUUAUCUUUAACUAAUGUUAAUAAUCAGGGCUGUGGCUGAGGUUAGGUUGGCUAAGACAAAAAUACGCUUUAUUUAACUGUUAAAACAUUUCCCAUGUAUCUAAUGACGCACGUUUAAUUAUUCAAAAUGUGAAAUUUUCAAUCUCAGUUCAUUUUAUUUUAUGGUUUUUUUUUUACAUGGUUUCUAAAUGGAAGAUUUUGCAUUUUUGCAGCUGGACAAAAAGUAACAGGACAGUUUUUAGCAUCUUUUUAGUACAUGAAUAGUGAAUGUGUCAGAGUAACAUGACUAAGAGAAAACUUUGACUAAAAUGUGUAUGUUAACUAAGACACUGAAUUUCUGAUGAGAAAAAUAUAUUUUAUGUCUAAAUUGGAUAUAGAGUCACACAGUAAUAAAAUGCAAAUUGCAAUUAGAACAAAGUGCAAGACACAACAUUUAUUUACUCAUUUUAAUACAUUUUGCCUAAAAAGAAGCUUUUCAUCAGCCUCCUAAAACUUUAGCAAAUUGUCUAUGAAUAAAAACUGGAGAUUAAAGGGAUAUUCCACAGAGCGCCUCAGCACAAUGGUUACAGCACAUGCCACAUAACCUCACGGUUCUGUUCCACUGGAAAGGUUAAAAAAACCCAAAAUAUGUAAAAACAAAAAAAGAUGAUCCAGCAAUUUAGUAUUUCACCCCCAUAAAGUUGGGAGACUUGUGAAACACAUAUUAAAUAACAUCAUUUACUAUAAUGCAGAUUCCCUGUUUGCUGAAUGUCUUUCAAACUCCCUACCCACUGUUUAUAAGGCAGGCUUUCCAUUAAAGUUUGUAAUGUCCUAACCCGAGCCAAGGUAACCCUGAUAAUGGGAAGACGCUAUACACUGCUUUCAAAGUGGUACCCCGCAUAACAAGUAAACACACACAAUAAGAUGAUAUAUUCAGGUAGGAAUACAUUACAAGUUCAGUGACAAUACGGCACAAUGUGUUACAAAGUAGCAAACUACAGCUUCUUACUUAUUUUGUGAUAUUGUGAAAGUGGUGAGGAUGGAUCACCCUCACCAAAGCUUCUUUUGUCCUCUCACAGUUUCAGUGUGAGCAUAAGUUGUGAGCAGUUUUUCCCUCUCAGAUUGCUCAAGUUUUUUAAAGGUUUUCUACAGUCUAAAUGUAUCGAGUGUUUCACAAGAAAACUGCAGAUUCUGUGUGACAUUUUUUUCUUUCUGUGUGCAUGUGCCCCAUCAUCACCCCUAACAAUUAUGUUGGGCCCCCAUGAGAAUCACUACUGCAUGUUGUGCUGCAGAAGGCCUGUAGGUGGCAGUAUGCACCUUAAUGAAAGCAAAGGAAAGACGACUCGUCCUCUAUUAGUGGUCCUGCAUCACAGAGUCUGUGUCCAGCUGUUCAGGGUCUACUGGACGCCACUCAGCAAUCAGACAGAGCAGCUUUUGUCUGAUAAAUCUUAACAAGCAAGCAGCCAAAUUGGAGUCACAAGUACGCACAGUCUGUGGGGAGUUUCAGGCUGCAGGCUUGUGGGGGCUGCAACUUUUCUACCUCUGCCGUACCAUAAUUCAAGUCAAAUCAUGAUCUGAGCAGCAGGGUCUGGGGAAGUAUAAGAGUGUUCUAACGCAAUAUGGAGAGCUGGCACUGUUUGCUGCUGCUGUGCACACUAAGUUUAGUGCUGGCCUCUGGAGAGGCGACGAAAAAUGAUGAUGACAUCGACCUUGUCAGCUUUCUGAGAAGUAUCUACCCCGGGCUGCUGGUGAGAGACGAGCCGUUCAUCAUCAACAGAGACUUUGAGAUAAACUCCCUCAAGGAGCUGAGGCGCCCUGAGGUCCUCUCAAUCACAGAGCAAACCAAGGACAAACCAGUCAAUCAGGAUACAAAUGGAGCUCCUGGACCUGUGGUGUUAACCAAAGACGGCCAGAUCAAGGGGGUUACGGUGGAUAAGGCCCAUAUAUUUUAUGGAAUACCAUAUGCAGAUCCCCCUGUUGGGGCUUACCGCUGGAAGCCCCCGAGACCUGUGAGUCCUUGGCCAGGGGUUUAUGAUGCCUCCUUCCCAAGGGCAGCAUGUGUGCAGGCCUGCAGCGGACCCAUCACUGAGGAGUGUCCUCGGAUAGUCAGCGAGGACUGUCUCUAUCUCAACAUCUUCGUCCCAGUGGACGUGAACUUCAGCUCCCCUCUGCAGAGCCCGCUGCCUGUCAUGGUGUGGAUCCAUGGUGGGGAUUUCAUUGCUGGCUCUGCCUCCAAGCCGCUGUACGAUGGACGCUUCAUCAGCAACUUCACCCACACUGUUGUUGUAAGCCUGGAGUACAGACUGGGUGCCUUUGGGUUCCUUGUGUCGGGCAAAGACCCUCACACCUCAGCUGCAGGGAAUUAUGGUGUCCUGGACCAGCAGGCGGGUCUCCUUUGGGUCCAACGGAACAUUGCGGUGUUUGGAGGGGAUCCGAGCAAGGUGACAAUAUUUGGGGAGAGUGCAGGUGCUCAGUCAGUGAGUCUUCACCUUAUGAUCCAGAGCAGCAAGCCUCUGUUUAAACAGGCUGUCCUGCAGAGUCUGCCCUUCUCCAUCCCCCUGAAGACCAGACACGAUGCCCUGAAGCUGGGAAAAGACUUUGCUAAACAGACCAACUGCUCUGUGAGCAACAUCGUCUGCCUGCUGUCUCUCACUCCACAGGCCGUCCUGGCUGCCCAGAUGAAAACAAGCUCCAAGAUUGUGAACCCGUUCCGGUUCCUGGAAGUCUUUGAGACGUGGGGUCCGUAUAUUGAUGGGGAGUUAAUAAAAGAGCAAGCUGUCACUGCCUUCCAGAAGGGCCACUGGCAGAAAGAGAAGGCUGUGCUGCUGGGUACAACCUCCGAGGAGGGGGUGAUCUUUGUGUAUGGCGUCUUCAACAAGCCAGUCUCUGCACUAGAGAGCACCGUGUACAUCACAGCCAUCUUUAAACAACACGCUCUGCGGAUCCUGCACAAGUACCUGCCCCUGUACAGGGACGCUGACCGCAGGGAUAUGCUAGCUCAGAUUGUCACCGACUACGUAUUCCUGUGUCCAUCCAGGAGGUCAGCCCGUGCUGGCACAGCAGCAGGCAGCGAGGUGUGGAUGUACGUGUUCGACCACGUGGCGUCAGACCAUCGAGUGUGGUCAGGUCUGACUUUCUGCUACCAGCAUGCCUGCCAUGGCGCUGAGCUGCCUUUUCUCUUUCACUCUGCCACGGUGGCCAACUUCACCCUGUCACUACCAGAGAAACUGCUGUCCAAUCGGAUGCUGUGCUACUGGGGUGCCUUUGCCCACACUGGCGACCCUUCCUCGCGGGUCCAACAGACGACUUUCUGCCGGGAACAGCGUCUGCCCGUUUGGCCGCGCUAUUCUGACACCACUGGCUGGCUUGUCAUGAACUUGACAGUACGCUCGCAUGCACAAGUGGGAACCAGGAGUCAUAUAUGUGACUUCUGGGACAAACUGGGCAUCUACUAGUGAGGGGACAGGCUGGGCAGGGAGGUGUUGGGUUGCUUUGCAUUUUAGUAGCAUCAAUACAUGCUGUUCCCUUUGCUCCUGGAAAUGUAAAGUCAGUUGGAAAAUCUUGCAGCAUGAAGUUGCAGUGUUCAUGUCAUACAUUCAUCAGUAUUAAAUAUGACCAAGCAGCAUUUAAUUCAAUAAAUAGCUUUUAGAAAGAAAAUGUUUUUUCUAUUGCCUUUCUCCAGCAACAUAUACUUUUGAAGGCAAAACCUAGUAGUGCAGUCAGUUUUGCAAAACUGCUUGAAUUAUCAGCAUUCUGUCAUCAUCUAUUGGUCACCGGUAGGAAUUGCCUCUCUAGCCAAAGUACCACCAUUUUCCCUUUUACGUGAGUAAAUGUCAAAAGCUGCAGAACUGCAUAGAAGGUCAAUGGAACUCUAUGUAUGGUAAAUUCAGGUGAAGAAGAGUUCAUAAAAGUGAAAAAAAAAAUCAUAUUUUUCCAACACAAAAUGUACUCCUGAAGCUGUAUGACACAGCAGUAUGAAUGUUCCUGCUAAGUUUUGAGAUUAUAAUAAUGAUAAUGCAUUUUGUAUACGGGUGCCUUUCAAAGCACUCAAGGGCACCAGUAAGGCACAUUUUAAAAAAGCAAUAUAACAAGACAUAAUAAAAUCAAACAAAGCAUAUAUACAAUAAUAGUUAAGACAAUAACUACGGAAUCUUCAUGAAUACAAUACUCUAUGUGGUAGCCAUUAGAAACAAGGUCAGACCGAAUAUGCCAGUUGAAAGAGGUGAGUGUGAAGAUGGGAUUUGAAGGUGGAAAGAGAGUCAAUAUUACAAACGUCUUGUAGAAGAGAAUUCCAGAGGUAGGUGGGCAGAACAGCUGAAGGCUUUAGACCCCAUAGUAGUCAAGCAGACAGCUGGUGUGGAGAGUUGGAUAGGAGAAGAGGAUCUGAGAGUAAUGAAAGGUGUGUAGAUAUGAAGCAGAAUCUUGAAAUUGAUACGGUAUUUAAGAGGGAGACAGUAAAGUUGCUGAAGAACAUGAGGGAUGUGAUCUAAGGAGGGAGGUCUGGUGAUAAUGACCAGAGAAGAUAGGAUUACAGUAGUCAUAAUGGGAUGUAAGCAGGGUGUGAGCAAGAAUGGCGGUGUGGUUAGGUGUAAGACGAUUAACAGUGCAUAGAUGUAUGUAAGUAUGCAGAGUAGCAUUAUUGUUGGGUGGUAUCCAGGAUGACGCCCAGACCUUAGGGGAAAACCAGCUAUUAGGUUUAGCUAAAGUAGAUUCAGUGCCCACAAAGAGCAGAUUCAGUUUUAUGUUUUAAGCAUUAAGUUCAAAAAAGUUGUGUGAGAAGCAAUAUUUAAUUUCCAGUAAGCAAUCAGAAAGGGAAGUUAGUGGAAGAGUGGAAGAAGGCCCAUGAAGAGCUAGAGCUGAGUGUCAUCUGCAUAGCAAUGAACUGAAUACCGAAUUUCCUAAAGAUAUGGCCAAGAGGUAAAAGGUAAUUGAUUAAUUGAUUGAUUGAUUAAUUUAUAUCUUCUUAAGACUAAGCUAGCUAGCCGUUGGGGUGAAUAAACACAAUGUGCAAAAGCACUCCAGGGUUUCUCUAUGUUUCAACAGGACCUAUUUUACGUGCAUAAUGGCAAAAAAAAGGACAUGAAGGAAAAUUGAUAUUGAUUCCAUGUUGGUUUCGUUUUGUAGUUACAAGUAAUGUUAACGUCAUUAAUUCAAUAAAUGUUUAAGACCUGUCAAAAUUAAAACAUUUUAAGGCCUAAAAUUAUAAUUAUUGGAUUCAAGACACCCUGCACUACAGAAUUACAAUUUGAGCAAGUAAAGCAGGCAAAGACUUGUGUCCUACUCAACUUGAAGACACCUAGUGCACCCACUGUCAAAGCCUCCUAAGAUCAAUUCUACGAGACAAUAAAUUGAAUGCAUGUGCAAGUGAUAAAAAUAAGUAGAAUUAACCAAAAAUAAUCAGUUUCCUGUUUCCAACAGCACUUGUCAAAUGUAAUAGUAAAAUCACAGUGUGGAAGAGGCUAGUGUGAUACAAUUGUGAAAUAAAAACCGAUCAGCCAUAACAUUUUGAGCACUGACAGGUGAAGUGAAUAACACUACGAUACAUGUUCACGGUCUGCAGUGGUCAGUACCUAUCAAAAGUAGCCUAAUCAAAGUUUGUUGGUAUGGAGCUGCACAACAUUCUGACCACCAGGGUGCCCAGGCGGUCAGAAUGUUAUGGCUGAUGGGUGUAUGUUUGUCAUUUAAAGACUUCAGUUACCAACUGUACUUUGUGUUAAAAUCAUUUAACAAAAGAACAAAGAAGGUGCCAGUCUUCUAAUUGUCUAUAUAAUGAAAAGAAGGCUUCACCUCAUUUAAGAAUGUUGUUUUCUUUUAAAUUUUACUAAAUCCCAGAGCUCAUGUCCUACAUAAAAUGUAUUUUUACUGUUAAUUUGUGGCUGAAGGUGAGAGAAGGGUUUGAUUAAAAGCAUUUAGCCAAUAGUAGCGCACAAAAUCAUAAUGUUUAAUUUUACUGGUACUUUUAUGAGAAUGUAGAUUUAUGAGGUUCUGUGAUUUAAGUUUUGUUGUUGGUAUAGAUAAGGCUGUCUGUUAGUCACACUGGCCAAUGUGUUUCUCAAAUAAAAUGAAUCCUUAAAGCUG